UCCAGAUUCAGAUGAGUGUUUUUUUUAAAUACAUCAUUUCUAUAUUCAAUUCAAAACAUUUUAUGUCAAGAUAGUGAACUAUGAAGAGUCUGAAGGCAAAGUUUAAAAAGAAUGAGAGUCAGGACUGGAGCAAGAGUGACGACCGGCUCCUCCAGGCUGUGGAGCAGAACGAGGCUGACAAAGUGUCCGCCCUCAUCCUCAAAAAAGGCCUGUGCCCCACCAAGCUGGAUGCUGAGGGCAAGUCGGCGUUCCAUCUGUCUGCGUCUGGAGGGCGGAUGGACUGUCUGGAGGUCAUCAUCUCUCACGGCGCAGACCUGAGUGUCACAGACGGCGCCGGUUCCGGUGCCCUUCACCUGGCAGCCAAGAACGGACACAGCGAGUGUUUAAAGAGACUUUUACAGGAGAGACUGGAAGUAGACUCCACCGACUCCAUAGGGAGGACGCCUCUCCAUCAUGCAGCGCUCAGUGGCUGUUUGUCCUGUACGGAGAUCCUGUGGGACUUUAAAGCCGACCUGGAUGUCCAGGAUGGGGACGGAGCCACCGCCCUCAUGCUCGCAGCCCAGAUGAGCCGAGUGGAGCUGUGCGCCUUCCUCCUGGGUCGAGGUGCCAACGCAAACACGCAGGACAACCAGGGGAGGACCGCGUUGAUGUUGGCCUGCGAGAGCAACAGCGCCGAGACGGCGGCGGCCCUGCUGAGGGGCGGGGCUGACACGCAGCUGGCCGACGGCCUCGGAAACAAAGCGUCCGACUACGGCGCAGCCGACCGCCACAUCGGUCACAUGCUGGAGAACGGAGCGCCCCCGGUUUCUGAGGACGCAGGCGAGGAGACCCCGCACAACCACUCAGGUGGCUCCCAAGGGGGUACGAGCCCCCGCAAAAGGAAAGCCCCUCUUCCACCGCGCGCUCCUCUCCAGGGUUUGCCCCCCACCCCACAUCCGCGUAGUCCUGCUCCCACCCCCCAGUCGCCUGAACCCCACGCUCCCUCGCCACAGCCUCCACAAUCCCAUCAGGUGGAAGACGAGGAGGUGUUUGAGGAGAUUCGGCGUCUGCGUCUGGAGAGGGGGCGUCUUCUCCAGAAGAUAAAAGCCUUGGAGCAGCAACAGCAGAGCGCCCUCUCUGCCUUGGAGGAGUUGUCCCAACUCAAGCAGCGCCUGAAGGAGGCGGAGUCUGAGAGGGACAAGUUGAUCGAGGAGCUGAACGGAGCCAACGAGGUCGACUCUGAGGAUCUGGAUGACGUGCUUGACUUCCCAGAGAGGUUGCUCUCCAAGCGCUCCAGAGCCUCGUCCGCUGGAGAUGAGGCCUCCUCUCAAGGGGAUGCAGAGUCUGCCACCCCAUCUCCCGCCCCCGCAGAACCUGUGGAAGAAUUACACAAAAAAAUAGAGGCGCUUGCGUCAGAGAACGCCGAGUUAGUUCUCAAAGUGCAGAUGCUGGAGAUGUUUGAAAAGGAUGACACAGACAUGCAGAGCCCCAGCCCGGAUUUUGUGCCCAUAGCCCAGUAUGAGACCAUUAGGAAGGAGUUUGAGGCCCUGCAGGAGCGCUUGGCUCAGACUCAGACGUCCAACAGGGCAUCUGGUGUGCUGGAGGAACGCGGUGAGGAGACAUCACCAGCUGAGGAGGUUCUGAAGGAGAAGCUGGCCUCCUCCCUGUCCGAGCUGGAGCAGCUCAAGGAGCAAAUGCGUCUGGGGGUGUUCUCUGUGGAGUGUGGGGAGGGGGAUGCGGCGGCAGCAGGUGUCCGCUGGGGUCCUAGCCCAGAGGCCCGGCAGCUGAAGGCGAGGGUGGCCGAGCUGGAGGAGGAGCUUGCCAAGGGACGGGCCGAGGCGGCCGCACGGAGCUCCGAGGACGCUGGCAGAAUCAAGCAGCUGACGGAGCGAGUCGAGCAACUCCAAGCUGCGCUCCAAAAUCCUGCGGUGGAAGACACCAGAGUGGCCGAGCUGGAGGCAGCGGGGGGAGGGAACCCGUCGGGAGACGCGGGAGCAAACGGAGAUCAGGUUGGACGCCUUCAGGAGCGCGUGCAGGAGCUGGAGGACGAGCUGAAGAAGCGUGUGCCCCGUUCUCACCUGGAGGAGGUGCAGGUCACCCUGGGCCUCCAGUGUGAGCAGCUGGCCAGGGAGAGAGCGGAGGUGGCGAGGAGGCUCAACGACGCCCUGCUGGAGCUGGAAAGAGUCAGACCUCCGGCGCAUGGCGAAGAGGAGGAGGAGGAGGAGGAGGAAGAGCAUUCUGAGAUCUCAGAGCGCUCCGUCACAUCAGAGAGCUCCAGGCGAACCUUGGCCUCGGUGCGAGAGGAGCUUGAAGUGGCUCGUCAGGAAGCCGCCCAAGCUCUCGACUGUCUGUGCGCCGAGCGCGAGAGCCGCGCCCAGGACGCCCUGCGGCUGCAAGACGCCGUGCCGCUCUCCAAGCACAAGGAGGCGCUGUCCGCCGUGUCGGAGCAGCUGGCUGGAACGUUGCAGGAGCUCCUGCAGGAGAAGACCUUGCGGACGGAGGCAGAAGAGCAGGCGGCCAGACUGGAGGCCAGACUGCAGGCCGUGCAUGAGGCCGUGCCCAAGGAGGAGCACCAGAAAGUCAAGGCAGAGCUGGAGCGCUCCCUGCAGGCCACUGAGAGCAGUGCAGCAGCAGCUCAGAAGGCUCUGAGCGAGAAGGAGAUGGAGCUGAGGGAGCUCAAGUCCCAGAAGGCUGCAGAGCAGGGUCUGAUCUCCCAGGAGGACCACGAGGCCCUGCGACUGUCCAUGCAGGCCGAGAUCAACGCCAUGCUGGCCCGCUUCAACGAUCUGACGCGCAAACACGAGAAGACCUGCACCGAGGUGUUUCAGGUGCAGAGGGAGGCUCUCUUCAAUAAGAGCGAGCGGCAGGUGGCGGAGACCCAGCUGACGGCCGUGCAGCAGCAGCUUCAGGAGCUGCAAGCCAAGUCCGGUCACAUCCAGGAGCUCCACAACAACAUCCAAGAAUCUCAAGGCCUGGUCAAGGAGAAGGACCGCAAGAUAACAGAGCUUUCCAAGGAGGUGUUCCGGCUAAAGGAGGCGCUGGGAGCUCUGUCGCCUCCUCUCGGCAUCACUUCCUCCUCCCACACGCACCACGGCAAUCCCGGGCAGCAGGUGGCGCUGCAGAACAGGCUUGCCAUACUCAACCAACAGCUGCAGGAUUGGGAAAGAAAGCACAAGCAGGUGGUGGCUGUGUAUCGCUCCCACCUGCUGGCAGCCGUGCAGGGCCGUAUGGACGAGGAGGUGCAAGGUCUGCUGCUGCAGAUCCUGAGGAUGACCCAGCAGGGACAUCACUGACUGACUGACUGAUCCAUGCUGUAUGCAUGCGUUGCUCGCGGCCCGUGACUCCUGUAGCGCUGAACAUCUCAACGAGGGCUACUAACCAACUAUACUCAGCACGCAUGAAGUGAUGAUGAUGAAAGCUUUCUAGUUGGAUGAGGUUGGCAUUUGGACGCAUCGUAUGAUUGGACAAUAUGUUUUCCGUCUUCUGACGAGGAUCAUAAAAACAGAAACAUCUCCCCUGGUGUUCCUGCUUAAUGACUCCCAAAGUACACGCAGUGGUUUUCCAAUCUGUGUGUUUAUUGACAAGGACAUCCGUCACACAUUCUCAACAAAAGACAAGAAA